UAGUAACCGAUUUAGUUGUUAACUGUAGCUCGAGUUUGACAGCUACAUAUAAGCAGAUAAAUAUUUAUGAAUAUAUUUAUUCAGUGUACAAAAUAUAUUAAGAUGUAUUUCUUGCACCUAUAACGAAGUCUUUAGUCGGACGACGGAGGCUUCGAACUCGGUGUUUAUUCAAAUAAGAUAUGUCAGACGCCCAACAUCGAUGCACUAGCAAAGAGCGGCGUGAUCUUCAACAAUGCGUUCACUUCCGUUAGCAGUUGCUCACCGAGUCGAGCUGCGCUCCUGACGGGCACGCCCAGCCAUCAGAAUGGCAUGUACGGUUUACACCGCGGAGUGCACCACUUUAACUCGUUUGAUGCCGUCACCAGCCUCCCCAACUUGCUUAAGUCUCACGAAGUUAUCACUGGAAUUAUCGGCAAGAAGGACGUAGGUCCUGCGGCGUUAUACCAGUUUGACUACGAGCAGACGGAGGAGAAUAACCAUGUGAACCAGGUCGGCCGCAACAUCACGCACAUCAAACUGCUCACCAGGGAGUUCCUCAACAAAGCUCACAACGACAAUAAAUCGUUUCUCCUGUACGUAAGUUUCCAUGACCCGCACCGCUGCGGCCACACAGACCCGCAGUUCGGGCCCUUCUGUGAACGAUUUGGUUCCGGCGAAGAGGGAAUGGGACUGAUCCCAGACUGGCAUCCUAUUUACUAUCAAUGGGAACAAGUGGAGUUACCAUAUUUUAUUCAGGAUACGGAGGCAGCGAGAAGAGAUAUUGCUGCUCAAUACACGACUAUAUCGCGGCUUGACCAAGGUAUUGGGCUAGUAUUAAAAGAAUUAGAAGAAGCAGGCCAUCUUAACGACACACUCGUUAUAUAUACGUCUGAUAAUGGCAUCCCGUUUCCUUCGGGACGCACCAACUUCUACGACCCCGGGCUACGUGAACCCAUGAUCAUCUCGUCUCCUGAAGCCGGCGCCAGGAGGAACGAGGCCUCCUAUGCCAUGGUCAGUCUAUUAGACGUCAUGCCAACGGUCUUGAACUGGUACAACAUCCCGUUUGCGCAGGAGGAGACCAACGAAGUACAAUCAGACAAACCUAAGAGUUUGUUACCCAUAUUACAAAAAGAACCGCCAUUCUCGGAAGAUGAAGCAAUAUUCGCAUCUCAGACUCAUCAUGAAAUCACAAUGUACUACCCGAUGCGUGCCAUUCGUACACGGCGGUAUAAACUUAUACAUAAUCUCAACUUCGGAAUGCCUUUCCCCAUUGAUCAAGAUCUGUACGUGUCUCCUACAUUCCAAGACAUCCUGAACCGCACGCGCAGCAAGCAGGCGCUGCCGUGGUACAAGACUCUCAAGCAGUACUACUACAGGCCGCAGUGGGAACUGUACGACAUCCGUGCCGAUCCUGCCGAGAUGAAAAAUUUACACGGCAAGCCGUCGCUGGCGAGCGUGGAGAGCGCGCUGCGGGAGCGGCUGGAGCGGUGGCAGCGGGACACGAGCGACGCCUGGCUGUGCGCGCCCGGGGCCGUACUGCUGCAGCAGGACCACGGGCCCGUCUGCCGCGACCUGGACACCGGCCUGCCGCAUGUAGCGCGCCGGUGAGCCGCCUGCUGCUGCAGCAGGACCACGGGCCCGUCUGCCGCGACCUGGACACCGGCCUUAAAACCAAGCGCAAAUUCGGUUGAUUUUAAAUCAUAAAAUCUAUAAUUAAUGUCAAUGAGAAACAACUUCACAAAUUUUGUUUUAAGCUUUUACCAUAAAAAAAAAGUUUACUUCAAUAAACGCAAGGGUCGGCCUUUUUUGUCACCUUUCAAUGACUAGGUAGUAACUCCCAAGGUUUGUGCUCCAUGACAAAAUAAAGACUAUUUUAGAUUAGAAAAAUGGGUUUUUAAGGUGUUUCUUAUAAUAUUACUCACUUGUCAGUAUUCGAUCGAAUCAUUAUUGAAUAAAAUACUGUAAAUGAAUACUACACUAUACCAUACUGAAUGCAAUAACGUUAUUGAUUGAUUGUGAAGUUUUUGUAAUUUUAAAUAAAUUAAAAAUUGUUAUAACGUGUCUGCCUUCUUUGAAAAUAGCAACAGAGAGUGGGCUAUGAUGUUAAAUCUGUCGAUGACGUUCCUGCUCAUUUAAUGUAGGUAAAAUUAGCAUGUAAGGAAUGAGGAUGUACAUAAUACUUAUUUAUAAAUGUUACUUAGCUGAAAUUGUUAUCACAUGGAAAUAGUUAAAGCAAUGCCGAUUUAUUAAGGAGGUAUAUAUUUUACCAGAUUCCUAAGUUUUUACAAUGAACAAAUAAACAUGAACAAGUCUUGCCAA